AUGGCGGCGACCCGGGCGCUCUGGGGGGGCGGCGGCGGCGGCUGGUACCGCCACCACCGCCGCCGCCGCCUCCUCUCCUCCUCUUCCUCAGCCGCCAGCGGCGGCCCCACGGCUGAGCGCGGGGAGCGGCAGGAGAGCGCGGGCCUGGGUUUCAGCCCCCCGGCACACUCCCGUAAUGACUGGAUUGGCCCCCCCGACAAGCACUCCAACCUGCGGCCGGUCAUCUUCUACGUGCCCCCCGAGGAGUCACCUCUGGAGCGGCGGCUGCGGGAGGCACGGCAGGAGGCCCAGGCCUGCGACCAGCGCUUCUGGGCGCGGCACAACCGCACCUUCCGCCAGGAAAAAGAAGAAUUUAUUUAUUCAAGACUGAAAGCCAAGGGUGUGGAAAUGAGAGAUGAAACAGGUCAAAAAGCAACACUGAACGUGGAAGAAAUGGCUGACUUUUACAAGGACUUUCUAAGUAAAAAUUUUAGAAAGCAUAUGGAAUACAACAGAGAUUGGUAUAAACGUAACUUUACUAUCACAUUCCUCAUGGGACAAGUAGCACUGGCGAGAGCUCUGAGGCGGCUUCGUUGGAAAAAGAAAAAUGUUGGAAAUUAGUGAUCACAGCUCCAUGAAGAAUGCAACACUAGCUAGGCCUGCUAUAAAUUUGUUAUUUAUAGUGAUCUUCAGAAUCUGAAUGACUAAUGUAAUAAUUGCUGAAUCUGUUUGUUAAACUAUGUAAAUAAAAGUUACCAUUGGUAUUAA